AUGGGCUGCAUGGAAAGAGUUUGUCGUCUCUGUUUGCAGGAAGAGUUGGAAAAUAGCCACGGCGUACUGGUUCCCUUGGCCGAAAACAGUAAGAUAGUGAGCAUUAUACGGGAAACAACCACGAUUGAUGUUUACGUAGACGACAGAUCACAGUAUUAUUUGUGUGUGGAAUGCAAAGAGGCUCUUCUAAAGUGCUUUGACUUUCGCGAACGUUGCAUAAUUAACGAUGCAAUAUUUAGGCGGAAAUUCUCGAAAAAUUCGAAUGCAACGGAAGAGACACUCUUUAUGCCCGUCGACACGGUCAUCGUGGAAGGCAGGGACGGUGUGGAAAAGGAUGAAAAUUCCGAAGACGAAGAACCGUUUAUGCAGGAGUUUUUGGUUGAAACGAUCGACACGAAUGACGAUUGUGAUGCGUACGAACCACUGAAGGAGGAAAUGCUGACGGCGGAUUUUUCCGAUAGUGAAGAAUUGUCCAAGAAGAAGAAGAGCGUGCGAAGGAAACGGGGCCGCAAACAAACGGCUGAGGUCGACAAGGCAAACAACAAGCUGCCCUGCGCCCAGUGUGGGAAAAUGAUUGCACGCAACAACAUCAAUCAGCAUCAGCUCACGCAUGAUCCCGAUCGGCCGAAGGUGUUUUGUUCGUAUUGUGGCAAAGCGUUCAAGGAUCCCCGCCGAAUGCAGAUGCACAUCAACAGUAAUCACACGCUGGAGAAGAAGUAUCCGUGCGAAAUAUGUGGGAAGGUUUAUCUUCGGCCGACUUCGCUCAAGGAUCACAAGCUGGCGAAGCACAGCGAUGACAAGCGGUACGAGUGUUCCGACUGUGGAAUGGCGUUCACCAGCUGGGCACAACGGUGGCACCAUUUCAAGAAAGAGCACACAACGGCCAAACCAUUCGCCUGUACCUACUGUGAUUGGGCGUUUAAGUUCAAGUGUGAUCUGACCUUGCACAUCCGAAAGCACACCGGGGAAAAGCCUUUCAAGUGUGACAUCUGUGGAAAAGCGUUCAAUAAAAGCUACAACGUAGUGAUACACAAGAAAUCGCAUCGCAAUCUCCUACCGGUUGAGCAAGGAAUGGGAACAGCAGAUGGAACGUUGAUACCGCAAACCGUUGUCAAAACGGACAAUGUAGUUUAA